GUACAGCACUUGGCAAUUGAUUAGGAGUAAUAUACUCCGUAUGGACGAAAGAAGUACUCCGUACUUUUAAGUUUCAACUCUUUGGUUCUGUAUGGGUUUCUGCAAUUGGAAUACAGUAACAUACUGAUUGCUGAAUUGUACUCCGUCCGUAUUACGGCUGGAAGCACUGGCCACGGCCUUGGCCGCCUUUGGGCAUUCUGGAAACCUCGGCUGCGGAUCCGCUUGUUUUACUGCAAAAUAUUGCUCCUACGGAGUUCAACCGUCGUAAUUCCCUGCUACCACCUCACCAAGGUUCCUCACAAGGCUGUGGCUGAUUGGUCGACUUCACAAGGAAUGGGGCCUAUGUACUUUAUCAUUGUUGCAUUUCCAUGUACCAUUGGUGCCAUUGGGCUAGCUAUUCUCCACAUAUAUAGACAUCUCCUUAAUUACACUGAACCUACAUAUCAGAGAUAUAUUGUGCGCAUCAUAUUUAUGGUUCCUGUGUACGCGCUGAUGUCUUUUCUGUCGCUUGUUCUGGACAAGAAUGCAAUUUUUUUCAAUUCCAUACGUGAAAUAUAUGAAGCUUGGGUGAUAUAUAACUUCCUAUCAUUGUGCUUGGCAUGGGUAGGUGGUCCAGGAGCUGUUGUGCUAAAUUUGAGUGGUCGAUUUCUAAAGAAUAAUUGUUGCCUGAUGACAUGUUGCUUUCCUCCAACUCCAUUGGAUGGGCGCUUCAUACGAAGGUGCAAGCAGGGUUGUUUGCAGUUUGUAAUCCUCAAGCCCAUCUUAGUUGGAGUCACAUUUGCACUUUAUGCACAAGGAAAAUAUCAGGAUGGAGAUUUCAACCCGAGGCAAUCGUACCUCUAUCUCACCAUUAUAUAUACCUUCUCAUACUCAGUGGCUCUUUAUGCCUUGCUAUUAUUUUAUGUAGCAUGCAGAGAUUUACUGCAGCCAUUUAAUCCUGUUCCAAAGUUCAUCAUGAUCAAGUCUGUUGUCUUUCUGACAUACUGGCAGGGUGUUUUGGUUUUUCUUGCCGCAAAGUCUGGGUUUAUAAAGGAUACAGAAGAAGCUGCAAAGUUUCAAGAUUUCAUAAUAUGCGUCGAAAUGCUUAUUGCAGCUGUUGGUCACCUUUAUGCCUUUCCAUACAAGGAAUACGCUGGUGCAAAUAUAGGUGUUUCUGGUUCCUUCAGAGCAAGCCUCGCACAUGCCCUUAAACUAAAUGAUUUUUACCAUGAUACAGUGCAUCAGUUUGCACCUACAUAUCAUAACUAUGUGUUAUACAAUAAUAGUGAGGGCGAAGAAGGAUCCAAGAAGUAUAGGGCACGCACUUUUGUCCCAACUGGCACAGAGAUGGACUCUGUUAGAAGAAACCAGAGUGUGUUUGGCAAUAAAUCGGAAGAUAUUCAGUUACCAAGUGUCUCGUCUUCUGGCAGCUCUAGUCCUGAAAUUCUGGAUACAAGUAUAAUUACCCCAAAAAUCGUGACAAGAAACUCUUCAUUAGAAGUAGAGACAUCUAAUACUCAAUCUCUUCCAUAUGAUCUCUCAGUCAUUGAUAUUCAAAUGUCUGAUUACCCAACACAGGUACCAGCAACAAGUGAAAAUGUAGUGAGGUGACGGUGAAUUAAAACCUUGUAUAUAUAUUACAUCACAUUUUCUGUACACUAGGUCCAUUUGAUGUGCCUGCCCUUUGUUUCUCUCAUUCAAUUAGCUGACUAAUUUUGUACAUUUAUGCUAUUUUUUCGCAUUCUCAUUGCUGUUAAUAUUUUGUCUUGUAUUGUAAUUUUGGGAAACCAUAAAUGAUGUUGUUGCCUCUUCUUAUUCGAUUUGAGCCAAGUGUAGUAAACAUGAAGUUUAGAUUUGAAAGU